AUGGGACUGUUCUUCAGCAAAAGCGAGGCAGAACCCUCGCCAUGCAACUUGCUUACUGUAAAAGUCAUACAGAUGAAAAACGCCAGGAAAGCAGACUUGUUAACUCAGUCUGAUUGCUAUGUGAGCCUGAGCCUGCCGACAGCUUCAGCACAGCAUUUCUGCACCAAGACAGUCCAGAACAGCAAGAACCCAACAUGGAAUGAAACAUUCCACUUCACAAUUCAGAGUCAGGUUAAGAACAUUCUGGAGCUAAAAGUUUGUGAUGAGGACAGUGUAACUCAGGAUGACCAUCUCCUCACUGUAUUCUUUGAUGUCUCCAAAAUCCAGCUUGGGGAAAACAUUCAGCUAAGUUUCCAGCUGAAUCCACAGGGAAAAGAGGAGCUGGAGGUUGAAUUCACAAUGGAGAGCAGUCCAGAUCCUCCUGAAAACAUUGUUACUAAUGGAGUUUUAGUGUCCCGUGAAGUUUCCUGUUUGGAGGUGCAGGUGAACGGUGGGAGGAUGAGGAAGGACACUAUGGAGAGGAAGUUUGCGCUAACAGUGGACGGGUCAUAUGAAGGAACCCAGACCCACACACUGAGCUCCUGUCUCUGCCCGACCUCCCCGGCCAGGUUCCACUACAUCAAGUACCAUCAGUCGGCGCUCACCGUGGCUCUACCGCGGCGGAGGCAUCUCAGCAGGUCUACAUCAAGUCAAAAUGAAAGGGAUAUGAAUGAGUCUGUGACUCUACCUCUGAACUCGCUUCCUAUACAGGAGAAAAUAACAAUAGCAGAGGACAGGACAAUUGACUUGUACACAAAGGCAAAUGAAUGGACUCAGGGUCUGUGUUUCAGGCCAAGAAACCUAGAUGCCCGAUUGGGGUUCGACCUCUGCACUGAUGAACAGAAUUUCCUGCAAAACCGGAAGAAGGUAGUUGCUGCUGCACUAAAGGAUGUUCUUCAUCUGGAGGAAGAUCUGCAAGACCAUGAGGUGCCUAUAGUGGCUGUGACCACAGCAGGAUGUGGGAUAAGAGCACUCACUGGCAUGUAUGGCAGCAUUUUGGGCCUUCAGAAGUUGCGUGUUCUGGAUUGUGUUUCAUAUAUCAGUGGCUCAUCUGGCACAACAUGGACAAUGACAAAGUUAUAUGAAGAUGCUGAUUGGUCACGUAAGGAUCUUGGAGAAAUAAUAAUUGAAGCACGGAAGCAAGCAGCCAAGUGCAAGAUGGGGGCUUUUUGCUUGAAAAGUCUAAGAAAUUAUUACAGAGAGCUGAGCCAAAGGACCCAAGCAGGACAUAAAACCUCUUUCAUUGAUCUGUGGGGGCUCAUGAUUGAAUCCAUGUUGAAUGAUGGGAAAAGCCACCACAGACUUUCUGAUCAACGUCAGGCAGUGAAUCAAGGACAGAACCCUCUGCCCAUCUACCUUGCCCUGAACGUCAAGGACAAAGUUGCCACCAAAGAUUUUAGAGAGUGGGUGGAGUUCACACCAUACGAGGUGGGCUUCCUGAAGUAUGGCGCCUUCAUUCGUGCAGAGGAUUUUGGCAGCGAGUUCUUCAUGGGCCGCCUGAUGAAGAAGCUCCCUGAGUCCCGGAUCUGUUUCAUGCAAGGAAUGUGGAGCAGUAUCUUCUCAAAAAACCUCUUGGAUGCCUGGCAUGCAGCUGACAAUUCAGAGGACUUCUGGCACAGGUGGACCCAAGACAAAGUGACUGAAAUAGAGGAACAACCAGACUUGCCCGAGAAGCCAUAUGAGAUGGCCACGUGUGUUUUCACUCCUACAAGCGGCCUCUCCACAACUCUCCGGGAUAUCCUGACAGAUCGCCCUGCUGUCUCCAAGUACCACAACUUCCUAAGGGGCCUCGAGAUGCACAAUGAGUAUAUCCAGCAUGAACAUUUCACAAAAUGGAAAGACACUUUGCUAGACAACUCUCCUAAUGACCUGAGAGGCAACUCCGACCACCUGGAGCUGGUGGAUGCAGCUUUCUUCUUUGAAACCAGUUACCCACCCCUUAUGAGACCAGAGCGGAAAGUGGAUGUCAUCAUACACUUAAAUUACACAGGCGGAUCACAGACAUUGCCCCUGGAGCAGGCUUGCACAUACUUCGCAGAGCAGGGAAUUCCAUUUCCCUGCAUUGGACUGAAGGAUGAUGAGAAGAACCUGAAAGAGUGCUACAUGUUUGAUGGUGCAGACACCCCAGGAGCUCCUCUGCUGCUUUAUUUUCCAUUAGUGAAUGAUACCUUUCAAAGAUAUGUAGCACCUGGCAUGGCACGUACUGCUUCUGAAAUGGAACAGGGCAAGAUUGAUAUCUCCAGUUUCUCUUCUCCAUACUCAACCAGAGAGGUCUCACUGAAAGCGGAAGAUUUCAACAAGCUCCUGAAGCUGACUAAUUACAACAUCAUGAAUAAUGAGAACAUGAUUCUUCAGGCCUUGCGCAUGGCUGUGGCACGGAAGAAACAAGCCCUUAGCCAGCCAGUAUCACAAGAGCAACCAUCUACUUGUUUUGGUAACAGUGGGGCUACAGGGUCGACAUCUUUGAGUAGCAGCCAGAAGCUUCCCCCAUGUCUGACAGAGCUCAUGCCAUCUGGCUCCAAGGUUGACUCAUUGCUGGCCAAAGCUGAGCCCAUCAGUGACAGUUGUAGUGCCUCUGGGAUAAGGUUUUUAAGAAGGCAGGAAAAAUGCUGCGCAGCAUCAAUUGCAGUCGGAAAGAGGAGUGAGAAACGUGAGAAACAGCCCGGCAGAUACGAAGGCAAUGAGGAAGGCGGAGCAUGGAUGAAACGCUGCUCCCCAGGUGCCUCCUUAAAGGUUGCAGAGGUACUUCAUGAAUCAUUGCCAGCUGUUGCCUCUAACAGUGAAGUGAUAUCUGUAUCUGACUUUUAUGCAGCUGGGAGCAGGAUGGGCUCAUACUGGAGUGCUUGUGAGAGUGAUGAAUGCCCAUGCAGUUCAUUCUUUGUGAAAAUCGUAAGAAUGAAAAAUCUGAGAAAAGCAGAUCUGCGAGCUGUCAGAAAACUAAUAGAACCAGUAUCUCCUUUUUGCAGCUUGCUAUAUAUACAGUACUUUAAGUUACAAUAUAUCUUUUCCAAUACAGUUAGUCAGACCGAUUGCUACGUAAGCCUGACCUUGCCCACUGCUUCCCCUGAGACUGUCCGGACCAAAACCAUCAAGAACUGCAAAGAUCCAGUGUGGAAUGAAACAUUUUGCUUCAGGAUCCAGAGCCAAGUAAAAAAUAUUCUUGAAAUGAAAGUCUAUGAUGAAAAUGCAGUCACUAAAGAUGACCUCCUCUUCACUGUUCUCUUUGAUAUUGCUAAAAUCCAGCUUGGAGAAACUGUUCGCUUGAUUUUUCAGCUAGAUCCAAAGACACAAGAGACACUAGAGGUUGAGUUUACAUCGGAGAGCAUUCCAGUCCCUCCUGAAAAGCUUGUCACUAAUGGUGUAUUAGUGUCUCGUGAAAUUUCCUGCUUGGAAGUCCUGGUGGACAAUAGAUGGACAAAGAAAGAACCUUCAGAAAAAGAUUUCUUGUUCUCAGUGAAGGGAUCCUAUGAAGAGAGCCAGACACUCUCUCUGGGCUCUUUCUGGCAACCUGCGAAGUCCCUGGACUUUCAUUACAUCAAGUACAGCCUGUCCAAGCUGUGCAUGGCUCUGGCAGAGAAGAAGCCUCAUUUCUACUCGGUUUCAGGUGAAGAGAAAAAAGACUGCCAUGCAUCCCUCACUAUUCCUCUGGAUUCACUUCCAUUCAAUGAGAAAGUGGCAGUAGCAAAGGAUGAGACAAUCAAUUUACAUGUGAAAUCAAAUGACUGGAACUCUGGACUUUGUUUGAGGUCACGAAACUUAGAUGUCCGCUUGGAGUUUGAUCUGUGUAAGGAGGAGAAAAAUUUCCUACAGAAAAGGAAGAAGUUUGUGGCUUCUGCUCUGAAAAAAGUACUUCAUUUAGAGCAAGACCUUCAAGAUCAUGAGAUACCUGUUGUAGCAGUCAUGACAACAGGAGGUGGCACCCGGGCACUGACAUCUCUGCUAGGCAAUCUGCUGGGUCUUCAAAAGCUGGGUCUCUUAGAUGCUAUUUCAUACAUCACUGGGUCAUCUGGUUCAACAUGGACUUUGUCACAUUUGUAUCAGAACACUGAGUGGUCACAUACGGAUCUAUCCAGACCGAUUGGUGAAGUCCGCAGACAUAUGACCAAAUGCAAGCUAAGCUGCUUUUCCCUGGAAAGCUUGAAAUACUAUGCCAAGGAGCUAAAGCUGCGGAAGCAAGAGGGUUACCAGAUCUCUAGCGUUGAUUUCUGGGGGCUGCUGCUGGAAAAAGCAUUAAGUGAUGGGAAAAAUAACCACAAACUCUCAGAUGAGCAACAGGCAUUGAAUCAGGGUCAAAAUCCCCUACCUAUCUACAUGAUCCUCAACAUCAAAGAAGACUACAGCCUUUCAGAGUUCAAAGAAUGGGUGGAGUUCACCCCUUAUGAGGUCGGGUUCUUAAAAUAUGGUGCCUUCAUCCGUGCAGAGGAUUUUGGCAGUGAGUUCUUCAUGGGUCGCCUUAUGAAGAAGCUCCCAGAAUCACGCAUCUGUUUCAUGAAAGGCCUAUGGAGCAAUGUCUUUUCCUACAAUCUCUUGGAUGCCUGGCAUUCGUCAAAUCCUACAGAAAGGCGCUCACUGAGGUGUACCCAACACAGAGUUGUUGAUGUUGAAGAUGAGCCCUCCUCACCAGAUGGGAGCCAUGAGUUGGAGACUUACUUAGUGACCCCUGAAUGUGGUAUUGUGGGCAUUAUUCGGCGGCUACUGACAGAGCGGGUGAUUUUUUCAAAGUUCUACAACUUCCUGAAGGGAUUUCAACUACACAAUGCAUACCUUCAAAGCAAAAACUUCUGUAUGUGGAAAGAUACUGUACUAGAACACUUCCCCAGCCAGCUGACACAAACAGCAGAAUUCAUGUGCCUGGCAGACACAGCAGGAUACAUCGAUAUUAGCUAUCCACCACUCAUGAGGCCGGAGAGGAAAGUGGAUGUUGUCCUGCACUUAAACUAUUCUUCUGGAUCACAGACACUGCCUUUGGAAGAAGCCUCCAAGUACUUCCAAAAACAGGGAAUCCCAUUUCCCAAAAUCCACAUGAGUGAAGAAGAAAAGAAAAAUCUAAAGGAGUGCUACAUCUUUGAAGACACAGAGACCCCAGAGGCACCGACAGUGGUGUUUUUCCCACUGGUGAAUGACUCCUUCAGAAAAUACAAAGAGCCAGGUGUGGAGCGCAGCCCUGCUGAGAUGGCGCAGGGCAACGUGGAUGUUUCCACCAUUUUUUCCCCGUACUGCUUAAACAGCUUUACCUACAAAGGGGAGGAUUUUGACAAGCUGAUAGAACUGACCAGCUACAACAUUCGGAACAACGAACACCUGAUCCUUCAGGCUUUGAAUUCAGCCAUAGAGCAGAAACGACAGCGCAAAAAAUAA